AUUUUCAAAAUGGAAGCGCAGAAGACUGCACGUGAACUUUUCACUGAAGCAGUGAGAGCAGUCCUAGAAACGUGGCCUGUUUUACAGAUCGCAGUUGAUAAUGGAUUUGGAGGCGUGUACGGCCAACAGAAGGCAGAUUGGAUGGUGGAUGUGGUCCAACAAUAUUUUCAUGACAACGCAAACCUGCAGCCAGAUGAAGUGGAGGACUACAUAGCAGACCUUAUGAACAAUGAGUUUGAUACAGUGGUGGAUGAUGGCAGUUUACCUCAGGUGGCACAGAAGGUUAGCCAGAUCUUCACACAGUGUCAACAAGGAAAGCUUGCGGAGGUCAAGGAUCAGAUAGUCAAACUUAACAAGAAGAGUGCAGAACGAGCCAUCGUCACACCUCAACCAAACGCUGCUGAUGUAGAGAGUAAUGGAGAUGAAACAGAGUUCAUGGAGUGUGAAGCAGCAACGUCAACAAACCCCCCGCGUAGUGCAGCACCCAAACAGACAGAUCAACCCCAGUCUCAAGAGGAAAACGAUGGUUGGACGACAGUAGUGCGCAAGAAGUGACACUACGGUAGAAGUACUGAGUGAAUUGGGAUUUUACUGCCGCCUAAGCUCUGGAAUUGCUUCCUAACACUGUUGCUGUUUUAUACGUGUCUCUGAUGGUUCUGUCAUAUUGGGAGGAUGGACAUAUGUUCUGAUGAAAACCUGGACUUCAUUAGGGCAUCUUCUGAGGAACUGUCACUGUUUACAGGGAUUUCAGUAGCAAUCUAUAGUGUGUAUGACUCACCUACAAUGCUGAUUAAGGCAGCCCCCCGCACCUCUCUGGUUGAGGGGUUGGGUUAAAUGCGGAAGACAUUUCAGUUGAUCAACUGACUAGGUAUCCCCCUUUCCAAUAGUAUGUAUUACUGAGUAAGGGAUAGAAAGUGUUCCUUUGCACUGAUCCAUGAUCUAUUUUCAUAUCAAAUUGAUAUUAGUCUACCUGCUACAUGUCUAUUUACAGUAUAGUAGUAAAAGUUGUUUGCAGUUCUAAAUAUUAAACUUGAAAAUAGCCAACUU